CGAACACAGAGAAGACGCAACUUGACAACAACAACAAUAAUAAUAAUAAUAAUAAUCAUAAUAUAGCUCUGUAUUAAUAAUGUCGUCUGGUACUAACCAGGAAGCGCAGCUGGCAGUGAAGUAAUGUCACAUUCAUUGCUGCUGGUAACUGUUAAGAGGAGUAUGGGGCGGGUAUCUGAGUUUCAUAAGCUUUGCAGCGUCCCCCGUUUUGACCUUAGCCAGAAGCACCUGGUGUCUUUUUUCACUCCGAUCCCAGCUGGGAAGCUCUGUGGAGCAGCACGGACACUCCAUCACAAGGGCUACCGAGGCCUGUCCACCACGCCUGAUUCCCAGGACACUCAAGACUGUGGAACCGGCCAGGGAAGGACUCAUGUGGAAGGUUCUACAACAGAGGGGGAUGAGCCAGACCCAAAACACAGCAGCGCACCCCUCGGCCCCCCUCCGCCCCCGCCCAUGCAUUGCUGUAUGAGCGGCUGCACGAACUGCGUAUGGAUUCCCUACACAGAGGAACUCCUGAAGUAUUACCGAGACGGCGGGGAGAAGGCUCUGGCUGCAGUAGAGGAGCACGUCAAGGACGAAAACAUCAAAGCGUUUUUAAAAAUGGAGAUUAGAAUGAUCAGUGUAAAAUAAAACAGCAGCAAGGAUCAACAAAAAUCCUAAAACCAAUUACAACAGGGACCGACAAAAUAAACCGAUGUUUUGAAAGAUGAUAAUGGGUGAAACUAAUUUGUACGUUUUCUGUUCUUUUAUAAAAUUCCGUCUACCUGAAACUUUUAAAAUUGGACUUUAAAUAGCACUGGACAUUUGUAAACCCAAACGGAUUAGGACAACACUGGGUACUUUUGAAUAUUCAGGUCUGUGUGCCUGUACUAUUUAUACAAAUGUUGUGUUAAGUUAUUGUGACUUUAUGUUGUGCUUUCACUGGAACCAUACUUUUAAACAUGUAGAUACACUAUUAAAAUAAAUAUUUAUUCCAGUCUCUUUGUAGGACUUCCAAAUAUGUCUUCCGAUCAUGACCCGGUUAUUGUAAAAUGUAUAUUAUUGAAUAAGGUGUGUCUCAACUUUCAAUGAAAUUAAAAGGCUUAACUAUAUGUUACUGAAAUGUAGCAGCC